CUCGGGUCACGGUUCUGAAUAAUGAUCAUCGCUCCCGGUCAAUCAAUCGCCUUUCGUAUACAAAACUUUCGGCCAGAGCUUCGAAUAUUUAUGGUUCGUGUAUUUCCACCCCCCGUCCCUACAAAGCCACGACAUCAGGUGGCUAUGAGUAAGCCUUGAAAGGCCCUGAAAAGUAAUGCUUUCAUCCCCGCCCAUCUCCUCCCCAUCUCCACCCCCCACAUGUUACGACGUUGCGCCUUGUUAUUCGGAAGGCAAGCUCUGCUCAUGGCUGUCGGUUGUUUUCGGAAAGAGAGAGGAACCGAGAAACGCUUUGCUUCUCGAGGAGGAGGAGGAGGAGAUGAACUUGCAGCAGUGUGAGAACUGUGGUUCAUGCCGGGUUAGUUGAGGAAAGUGGUGCAGGGUAAUUUGUUGGGUCGGUAGGCACCGACUCCAUAGUAAAAGUGAGUGAAGCUCAUGUCGCGAACUACAAGGAGUAUGAAUGCUUGUGAGCCAUGGCAUGAACACCGAUGCCUGCCUCAGUCAAAAUCAUAUCCUCACACCUCAAGGAUGUGUCCUGAAUGAUGGGAAGGGGAUAUACCGAGCUUCUGCUGUAGAAUUCUGGGAAACGAAUUUACACUUCAGCAAUAUUAAAUUGGGCAUGGCUCCACGGAUCAAGUCACGUCUAUCAAGCUCGACGAUGCAAUUGGGUCCUUCGCACGCUCAUAGUUCGGCCACGAGAGAUUUCAGUAUAUCUCGAUCGGAUGACCCAGACCCUCGUGACAAGCACGAGUGCCAGACAGACAUGAGACCUUCUUGGCAUCCAAUCCGUUCCUGACGAGCUUUUUUCGCCAGUCUUUCUUGUUGGACUUUUGGGCUCCCGUUCAGAAGCGCCUGCAUUGUACGUCAUCGUCAUGGGAAGUCCUUCGCCUCUCUGCUGCCACUUUUUCGAGCCAUGAACAGGAAAGUCGCUCUUUCCGUUUAGAAUAGGAAUAAUGAGAGUAAGCUUGACCUCGUACCGCAUGAUUUUUAAUGCGCUCGAAAGUUUCGGAAUCAUACCAUGCGUGAACGGAAUCGUGGGAUUUUCAGUUCGAACGUUCUGCUACUUUCACGUCAUGCCGAAGCAGUACUUCCGUUAUCGUUCUAAGCACAUCGAAGAGACAGGUUUCCACCUGAUGCGAGCGAGCCUGCGAAGCUUUAUGAAGAAACUGGGCCGAAUUUAGUUCGCUUCUAGAAUCACUAGUGGAUACAAGAGCAUGCGUCGGGAGGCUCAAAAGGAGCUGCAGUACAGAGACAAAUCGUUCGAACGAAUGGAAAAAGUGCAGACCGAAUUUCGUCGCCAGGACUCGAUGUUAGGGGUUACACUUUUGGGGUUACAAGCGAGCAACGGUGGAUCUGCGUAAGCGUCCUGGCUUUCGAGCUCUUUGCUUAGCAUCGACGACAGAGUGCGACCAGCAGCAUCCUGGCUCCUGGCCAUGAUAAGGGCAUGAUGGAAUAAGGUCGCGGUGGAAUCAUCCCGAAACAGACGAGUAAACACGCGCAUCUGGAACGAGGUUUGCAAGAUGAUGUCGGGACAUCGCUCCCGGUUCAUGAACACAACUGGAAAGGCGGUGGUCAAGCUCCAACGGAACAAAUGAUCUGGAUUUCGCACCGAGCCACGACUUGGGUCUUGAUGAGAAGUACAAGUUGGAGCCUGUCGACACAAAUGACUUGCCCACCCACCAGCCAGCCAGCCAGCGAGCCAGCUAGCUAUCCAUGCUCGCAUUCGGGGCUUAAUAACAAUCGUCCAUGCAACGUCGGUGCGUAAGCACUCUGGCAGGCAGGCAGGCAGGCAGGCAGGGCAGGCUUCGCGCAAAAGUUCUUCAUCCAGCAGUUUUAAAAUAUGCUGUCCUGGGCAUGAUUUGGUCAUAAUGAUCUCGCAUCUCCAGGCCAUGAGCAGAAUAUGCGCUUCACAUCGGCGAGUCUGUGGCGCAAGCCCGAGGUUCUAGACUGCACCAAUUAUUCUAGUCGAGCCUCGGAGCGAGGAGCACUCGCAGCCUUUGCCUCCCCACAUGAAAGCAGCCGUCGCGGCCAAUGGGCCGCUCUGCGCGCAAAUAUUCAUCCAAUACUCAAUCCAAUAUUCAUCCUUUCGGGGGACCGACUUGUGGUCCAGUCCCGGACGCCAAAAAGCUUGGGCCUGAACUUUCCUCGUCCUUAUGGCGAGCGAUGUGGAUGCCAGACCUUUAACGCCUGGCCUCAUCGGCGGUGCCCAUCCAAAGCUUGGAUCUUGCCCGGACUUAUUUUACGUAAGCAUCAUGGCCCCGGCCUUACAGAGCAGACCAGUCCUUUCCAUGCCCCCCCUCUCGAGUCAUCGUCCGUCCUGCUGAUGCAUCGCGCCCUUAUUGAUUCGUUUCUUUAAUGCCCUCCCGUAUCCAUCCAUCCACCUCCUCGUCUUCAAGUCCAAGUUAGCUCGACCUUCGGAUGCGUCUUGCCUUUGCCCAAGUUGUACCACGGUACCGCCACUUUUCUGAGUCCUCCGCGCGUAAGAUUCUUCCAGUCAACAAAGGCCUCUUUCGUUCAAACUUCGGACAGAAGAUAAGUAUUUUCUGCUUUCACUUAAAGUAUGUGUAUCACUUCCAUGGGUACAAAACGCCCCCUCCCCAUUGAGUUUUGGUACGAUUGACGUUCGGAGUUUAAACUCUAAACCUGCUCAGAAUUUUAGAGUCGGAUGGAUGGAUGGGUGGAUGUAGCCACAUGGCCAUCGACAUGAUGAGUACGCUUGUAAUCUUCUCUUUAUGAGGACACACUCCCACACUUGUGUCCAGGUACGCGUGGAGGAGUUCGAUGCUUUCCAUGAAAGAUGUCAUCAGCAAAAUUAUAUAUAUAAAGCGAAAACCGUUGGAAUUUCCCAUCGGUUUUACAUAGAUAUUCACUUAAUAUUAAUAUGGCCUGGUCGUUAAUAGUUCAACUAUAUAUUUUAAACGGUCCAUACAUUAC